UUUGUAUUCAACAUCAGCUACGUAAAAUGGCAAGCAGGAAAGCAGCAAGGAAAGGUUCAACCAAACACACCCAACGGAGCUCGUCCAAUGUCUUCUCCAUGUUUGAACAAUCUCAAAUUCAGGAGUUUAAAGAGGCAUUUGGCUGCAUCGAUCAGAACCGCGAUGGGAUCAUUAGUAAACAAGAUCUGAAAGAGACCUUCAUGCAAUUGGGCAAGAUGAAUGUAAAGGAUGAAGAACUGGAUGAGAUGUUGAAAGAGGGAAAGGGGCCAAUGAACUUCACAGUGUUUCUCAGUCUCUUUGGAGAAAAACUGAAUGGCACUGAUCCAGAAGAAACCAUUUUGAAUGCAUUCAAACUGUUUGAUCCCCAAGGUACAGGGACUAUCAAUAAGGACGAAUUUAAGAGACUGCUGAUGACACAGGCCGAUAAAUUCAGUGCAGAAGAGGUUCAGCAGAUGUUUUCUGUGUCUCCUAUUGAUGUUACAGGAAACAUUGAUUACAAGUCACUCUGUUACAUAAUCACACAUGGAGAUGAGAAGGAAGAAGCAUAAGUCGAAAGGGGACCUGCUGUCAUCAAUAAAAACAGAAAUAUAAAUGUAUAAAAAAUAAAAGCAGUAGUUGAGUUGGUUCAACAUUCAAUAAGA